AUGAAAAAUACAGAUUCCAGAUCAAGGCAAUGUGAUGUGUGUCGUAUUCGAAAGACACCCGGAGUGUUUUCGUAUAUCUUUAUUAAGGAUAGUAAAUACACUUUUGCAGCUUGCAUUGAUUGUUGUGUUGCUAGAAUUUCUCUCAAGGCUGAAGCUGAUGCAAUUAAGGAGGAGGCAAAGAUCAAGGUUCAACACGAAGGCCAUCCACACCACACUUUAAGCCUACAAUUAAGACUUGUUGCAUCCGGUGUGAUGCUUGCAAUUCUAAGGAUGAAGGCUUAUUCUAUGAGUGUGAUAGUUGUGACUUCUGGAUCCACAAGAAUUUGCUUCCUUAGCCUCUACUAUCCAUCUGCCCCAUCACCCACUUGUUCUCGUCUAUUCACUUUUUGA